CAUAUUUUCAGAAUAAUCUUAAGCCUUCUGAUAAUUCACUGUUUUCAGUAAUAUAUUUUUACUUGUUCUCAAUAUUUAUAAGAUUUUGCUUUCUAAGAGUUUCAACAGGAGGAUUGCACCACAUCUUCCUGAAGAAGGUUAAGAACAAAAAGAUGCACCUGGAGUUUGCCUGGAGCCCUCUGCGCGUCUAAGCUCGGGUGGGAUCUGGGGUCCUUCGCUGGAAGCUGCUCUUGCUGAAUGCAAAUAGAAACCAGGCCAGCUCUCCUCAGUGGACAGUUGGUUACCUACCAGAGGUGUCUCCUACUGAAGGUAUCCUUGGUGAUACUCUAAGCCAUAAAAAGACAACUUGCACCCAAGUUUGUCUGACAUGUACCCUGUCAAGUGUCCAUGAUGCUGGGUCCCGAGGGAGGUGAAGGCUUUGUGGUCAAGCUCCAUGGCCUGCCCUGGUCCUGCUCUAUUGAGGACAUGCAGAACUUUCUGUCCGACUGCACAAUUCAUGAUGGGGCUGCAGGCGUUCAUUUUAUCUACACUAGAGAAGGCAGGCAGAGUGGUGAGGCAUUUGUUGAACUUGAAUCAGAAGAUGAUGUCAAAAUGGCCCUGCAAAAAGACAGGGAAAGCAUGGGGCACCGGUACAUUGAGGUGUUCAAGUCUCACAGAACCGAGAUGGAUUGGGUGUUGAAGCACAGCGGUCCAAACAACGCUGACACCGCUAAUGAUGGCUUCGUGCAGCUUCAAGGACUCCCGUUUGGAUGCACAAAGGAAGAAAUUGUUUAGUUUUUCUCAGGGUUGGAAAUCGUGCCAAACGGGAUCACUUUGCCUGUGGACCCCGAGGGCAAGAUUACAGGGGAGGCCUUCAUGCAGUUUGCCUCUCAGGAGCUAGCAGAGAAGGCGCUAGAGAAGCACAAGGAGAGAAUAGGGCACAGAUAUAUUGAGGUAUUUAAGAGCAGUCAGGAAGAAGUGAGGUCAUACUCAGAUCCUCCUCUGAAGUUCAUGUCUGUUCAGCGACCCGGGCCCUAUGACAGGCCUGGCACAGCCUGGAGGUAUAUUGGCAUUGUGAAGCAGGCAGGCUUGGAGAGAAUGCGGCCUGGCGCCUACAGCACUGGCUAUGGAGGCUAUGAGGAGUACAGUGGCCUCAGCGAUGGCUACGGCUUCACCACUGAUCUGUUCAGAAGAGACCUCAGCUACUGCCUCUCAGGAAUGUAUGACCACAGAUACGGAGAUAGCGAGUUCACAGUGCAGAGCACCACCAGCCACUGCGUCCACAUGAGAGGGCUGCCAUACAAAGCGACUGAGAACGACAUCUACAACUUCUCUCCACUUAACCCGGUGAGAGUCCAUAUUGAGAUCUGCCCAGAUGGAAGAGUGACGGGCGAACCUGAUGUGGAGUUUGCCACCCACGAAGAAGCUGUGGCAGUGAUGUCGAAAGAUAGGGCCAAUAUGCAGCACAGAUACAUAGAACUCUUCUUGAAUUCCACAACAGGGGCCAGCAACGGGGCCUACAGCAGCCAGGUGAUGCAGGGCAUGGGGGUGUCCGCAGCUCAGGCCACCUACGGUGGCCUGGAGAGCCAGUCAGUGAGCGGUUGUUACAGCGCUGGCCAUAGUGGUCAGAAUAGCAUGGGUGGAUAUGAUUAGUUUUGUAGAAGCAUUUGAGUUAAUUUCAAUCAAAUUUUCAGAGGCAGCCAGCAAGCCGUGAAAAAGCAGUUAUUACCCUAGAGGAAGCUGUGGAACCCAUUUUGCACCAUGAGUUUGUGAAAUCUGGAUUAAAAAUUACCUCUUCAGUGUUUUCUCAUGCAAACUUUUCUUCUAGCAUGUGAUAUUGAGUAAACUAAAACUAUUUUCUGCUUUUCUCGAUUAACAUUUUAGUAGUAUCCUUCUGAGUGAUGUUAUCUGAGUUAAAGUAGUUUAAGUAUGUUAAAUAGUGGAUCUUUUACACCACACCACAGUGGACACCUUGGGGAGAUGUACUUUUGUGGAAAACUCAAAGGUGCUAGAUCCCUAAUUCAAAGAGAAACAUUUCUCAUGUUUGUUCAUUCUAGUUUUUAUUUUCAUUUAAAUCUUUUAGGUUAAGUUUUAAGCUUUUUAAAAGUUAGUUUUGAGAAUUGAAACACAAUGCUAAUACUGUUGGAAUUGGUGAGGCCUUGACUUAAAACUUUCUUUGUGCUGUGAUUUCCUUUGGGGUGUAUUUUGCUAAGUGAAACUUGUUAAAUUUUUUGUUAAUUAAUUUUUUUUCUUAAAAUAAAGACUUUUUCACAAUAAAAAAAAAGAGUUUCAACAGAAUAUUUGUGUCAUGUUUUAUUUAUUACUAUUCAGGUAAAUGGUGACAUAUAUCAUUGAUUUAUGUUUCCUGGAAAAGAUUUCAUUUGUUUUCCCCUUUUAAUGCAUGAUGGACUGUUUUUAGCACCUUACCUGACAUUGGUUUUGCACACCUCAUUCCUUUUUUUUUUUUAAGUUUUCUUUAUUUAAAAAUCAGAGCUAUAGGGAUGGGAGGUAGGAGGGGAAGGAAGAAGGGAGGGAGAGGAGAGAGAGAGAAAGGGAGAAAAAGAGAGAGGAAGAGAGAAGGGAGAGAGAUAGAGGAAAGAAGGAAAGAAGGAAAGGAAGGAAGGAAGGAAGGAAGGAAGGAAGGAAAGAAGGAAGGAAAGAAGGAAGGAAGGAAGGUAGGAAGGAAGGAAAGAAAGAAGGAAGGAAAGAAGGAAGGAAGGAAGGAAGGAAGGAAGGAAGGAAGGAAGGAAGGAAGGAAGGGAGGGAGAGACCAUCCAUCUGCUGUUUCACUUCUCAGAUGGCUGCAACAGCUAAUUCAGAUCCAGGUUGAAGGCUAAGAAUUUCAUCUAGUUCUCCCACAAGGAUGGCAAGGGUCUAAACCCUUAGGCCACCUUCCACUCCUUUUCUCGGGUCAUUAGCAGAGAGUUAGAUCAGAUGUGGGACAUCUGCCCAUACAGGAUGCUGGCAUCACAGGUAGUGUCUUUGACUUAUUAAACCAUAAAGUUAGCCUCCACUCUUGUUAACAAAUUGUUUAUUUUUCUCACAAAUUGUUUAUUUUUCUCACAGUGAUCACAAUAUUAUUUUACUGCAUUUGCAUACCUUUAUCAUUCUAGUUUAUACCUUAGCAUUAUACGUAUUACCUUUGUGUGUCAUAGUAUCUAGAAACCAGAGCAUUCCAUGCUAUCUUGUUCAUUGUGAUUUUAUCAAUGCUGUGAAGUUAUAACUACCUCACAACCUUUAUGUACACAUUUUUUUCAGAUCAAUUUAAUGUGAUACCUGGCUGUUAACUCUUUAUAGGAAGCAUUUUGCAGAUAUUGCUGAUAUUUUGGGGGAUCAAAAUGUACCUCUUAUUAUUGAAAGUAACAUAGUUCUACAUAGUCAAGGCUUUUAGUUUUUUAAAGAUUUAUUUUAAGGGCAGAGUGGAAAAGAAAGAUGGAGGAGGGAAAUUCCAUGUAUUUGUGCACUCAUCUAAUUGCCACAGCAACUGGGACUGAGCCAGGCCUAAGCCAGGAGCCAGAAACCCCAUCUGGAGCUUUGAUGUGGAUGGCAGGAAAUGGAUUAUUUAGGCCAUAAUCUUAUGCCUCCAAGGUACAUUAGCAGAAAGCUGGAUCAGUAAUGCAGAAUAGAUUGUACUUCUACCAGGCAUCACAGUGAUUGAUAAGAGCAAGCCCAUUGGCUUAAUCCACUGUACCAUAACAUCAUCCCCCAGACAUGCUUAUUUUACUUAUGUAAAAUGGUAUGAUCUUUGGUAUAAAUAUGUUGGAUUUUCUAGCAUUCAUUUUUAAUGCAACAGUAACAAUCUGUGCUUCUGUAACUGUAUUAGAUUAUUUUUAUUUCUCCUCCCAAGUUAUUUUUCUUACAUUGAUAAUAAUUUGCUUUUCAUAAUUGCAUGACUUUUUAAAUUAUAGCUAUUAUCGGGGCUGGUGCUGUGGCUCACUUGGUUAAUCCUCCUCCUGCAGCUCCAGCAUCCCAUAUGGGUGCUGGUUCUAGUCACGGUUGCUUCUCUUCCAAUCCAGCUUUCUGCUGUGGCCUGGGAGGGCAGUGGAGGAUGGCCUAAGUGGUUAGGCCCCUGAACCCAUGAGAGACCAGGAGGAAGUACCUGGCUCCUGGCUUCAGAUUGGUGCAGCACCAGAUUUAGCAGCCAUUUGGGGAGUGAACAGAAGGAAGACCUUUCUUUCUGUCUCUCUCUGUAACUCUACCUGUCAAAUAAAUUGUAAAAAUUAUAUCUAUUAUCAGUACAUAUUUUAAUGUCUUAAUCUGAGCAAGCCCAACACUAUGUGUUUAGCUUGGUUAGCAUUUUGUGAAGUCAUCAAAACACUCAAAUUCUGUAGGUUUCGUUAACUCUCACGUACAUAGUUUCUCACAGAUAUGUUAGUUCUAAAUUUUGCCUUUGAUUUUUAAAACUUCCACACUGUAAUUCAAGAUGUGUGAACCUUUCCUUUCAUAUAUUAUAGAACAUGACAUGAUCUGUGUUAUUUAAAUUUUGGGAUUUUUUCAUAAUUUCUGAUAUUGAUAUAAUUGUGUUGAACUAUUUAUCAGAAAGUUCCCUAUGUUUACUUUUCACACCAUUAUUUCCCCUUUCAAAUUACACAUUACUUCACACAGUAACCAUAACAUAUCUUAUUUCAUAGUGUGUGUUCAUUUUUACUUGUGUCCGUAAUCACAACAUGUUUUUAUAACACAUUCAUCACUUUUAUUUUUACUUUACUUUUUUAACCUGUUGUUAUAACCUGUGUAUCACUAACAUUCUAGUAAGCCAGUGGUGAUACAGUGACUUUGUUUCAGACUUGCUUUGCAUUUUCAUUGCUCGAAGCUCUGUGAGUCCUCCUGGGAAAUUCAUGUGUAUACAGGAGUCCUAGGCCAGGUGUAUUUACUCUUCCUUUCUAAUUGACACAUUUUUACCUUUUCCAGAUUUUUAUCAUUGGAAUAUGAAUUUUCCAUCAUACAUUCCAGACACUGCUAUAUUUCCUGUAAUAUACCAUGUAACAUGGAAAGAUCUCAUGAUGAUUUUAGGUACUCCAUUUAAAUUUUUUUUUUUUACUUUUUUAUUUUAAAGAUAGAUUUAGAUACAUACAGACAGAGGGAGAGACAGAGGGAAAGAUCUUUCAUCUACUAGUUCACUCCCCAGGUCUUCACUAUGGCUGGAGCAGAGCCUAUUCAAAGCCAAUAGCAAAGAACUUCUCUAGGUCCCCCAAACAGGUUCAGGGGCUUAUGUUCUUGGCCCAUUCUCUCCACUGCUUUCCCAGGCCAUAACAGAAAGCUGGAUUAGAAGACUAGCAGCCAGGACAUGAACUAGGACACAUCUGGGAUGCUAGCACCACUGGCAGAGGCCUAGCCUACUACACUUCAGCACCAGGCCCUAAGAAAUACAUUAAACAUUGUUGUAACAGACACUUUUUCACCAAAUACCUUUAUGCUUGCUAAUUAAUUUUUUUAACUUUUAUUUAAUGAAUAUAAAUUUCCAAAGUACAGCUUAUGGAUUAAAAUGGCUGCCCCCCGAUAACGUCCCUCCCACCCGCAACCCUCCCCUUUCCCACUCCCUCUCCCCUUCCAUUCACAUCAGGAUUCAUUUUUGAUUCUCUUUAU